GUGACGACCUAGCCCAAUAAUUCUAAAGUUGGAAUAUUGAUAAUAUUUAUUAGAUCUAAAUUAUAUUUAAUGGGCCAUAUUGGAUAAGCUCACAAGUGAUAAAUUUUUGAGGUUGAUUAUGAGUUUUAAUUAGGAUCAAUAAUUAUGUUAAAUCCCAAUUAUUAUUUAUUGAAUGAGUUAGACUCCUUUUAGGAUCUAAAGAUCAUCUAUUAGAAAUUUAUUCCAAUUUAAAAUUAUCACUGAUUGAAGUCCCCUACUAGUCUUAGUCACUGCCAAUUUUACAUUGAAUGAACUACUAAAUCAUGUUUUUAAAUUCACUCUCUCUUUUUGAAUGAUCGUGUCCAAGUCCAAGUCCAACUCGAACUCUUCGGCACUCUCUCCCAAAUCUCUCUAUAAAUAUCUUCUCUUCCGUGUGUUAUUUGAAAAAACUAUAAACCUCCGUAAGUGCAGCAGCCUCAUCUCCCCCACCAUGAAACACAGCAAGGCCACCAUCAUCUCUCCCUCCCUCCUAAUUACAACCACUGUCAGCCCUCCAUCACACCAUGAUCGAUUUUGUGUUGGAAGUUUUAGAAAGCAACACUACAAGAGCUUCAAGUGUCAUACCAAAUGGAUCCAGAAGUCUGUCAAAUGGCAAUUCACAUAAUGGAAUUUCCUCCCACUCAUCUGUGGGUGGUCUUACCAACGUCCCUAAAGAGAGUUCAGCAGUUGAUGCGAACAAAUCGGGGGGUGCACCACCAAAUUAUGCUGCUGUUGCAGCCUUUUGUCCCACUGGCCCUGCAGAAGUAAUUAAGCAAGUAAAGUCAACAUCAGAUUCUGACCAACUGUCACCUUCUGCUGCGCCAGUAACCGUGUCCAGUGCCUGUUCCUCUGGUUUAGAUCCAGUUCUGAUGCCAGCUCUCUUCCACAAUCCAAGUGCCGUAUAUGCAACUGAACACUUAGGGAGCCAAAUGCUAGCUGCUGAACCAAAUCAUCUUCAAGGAAAAAAAGAUGUUCCCCAAGAUGUUAGUGACUUAGAGUUGUCUAAGAAUGAAAAAACAGCCUCCGAGGAUGUGAGCUCCAUACACGAAAAAGAAUCACCUGAGAAGUCCACGGCAGUUCAAACAAAUAUUGUUUCUCAGUCAUUUCUACCUUCUUCAGUAUCAGACAAUUCUUUGGUCAUUAGCUCUUCGGAUUCCGCUAGCUGCUCAACACAAGAGUCUGAUGUCCCCAAAGGAGUGAUCUCAUCCAAAGUUGCAACUACUAUAGUUGAAGUCAUCUCUCCAUCACCCGAUGAGUUGAAUGUUAAUUUCAGGCCACGUGUUACAUUUCCAAAUCAUUUUUGGGUCUCUGAAGAACUGAAGAAUGGAUUAACUUUUGGGAACUUUGAUUCUAAUACUGGAUUAAAUCUGGAAUCUGUUGGUGGAAUUGGUGGUGGCAAUAACUCAUCUUCUGCUGUUGAGUCUUCUCAGGGGAUUUAUGAAAUUGCCAAGGAACCUUCUAGCAAUCAAAUUGUAUCCUCAAAUGCACAUGAUAAUUUUCCUGAUCAUGAAGAAUCUCUACCUCAGCCUGUUCUUGAAAGGGUAAAUCCUUCAGAGGCCAAUGUGCCUAGUGCAGGCUCAAAAGAUGACGAGUUGAAGCAAAAAAUAUCAUCGCCUCCAGAAGGUCCAAACCCAACUGUUCAAAAUGCACCAAACUACAAUCUUGGUUUAGUGUCAACCAUGCUAGGGAGCCAACUUGUGCACUUUGAAGGAUCCGAAUCUCAGGCUCAGGAAACAUCUCGUUAUUCAAACUUGAGUGCAAAUUCUCCGGCUCUGUCUAGCCGUACUCCAACUCCUCCUCUUCAGAGCUCUGUGAUUCCACAGUCGGUUCCUGUUUUAAGGCAGCCUUAUCCUCAUAACUUCAUUCCGUAUGGCCAUUAUUACCAUCCAUUUUAUAUGCCACAUUUACCCCAAUAUUUAAGCCACAUUGGGUUUCCCCAGCAGCCUUCUACUGGUAAUGUGUAUCUAACUCCAGCACCUGCUGCUCACGCUGGAGUUAAAUCAUCUCUGCCUCAAUUGAAGCCUGAAGCAAAUGCAGGUAACCCAAAUCAUAUUGGUCUUCCACUUGGGGGUUCAUUCAUACCUCCCCCUGUUGGUUACGGUCCUGGUUCAGCAGUGACCUCUGGAAGCUCAGCUGGUAUUGAGGAUCUUGCAACAUCUCAAUUGAAGGAAAAUCAUAUCUACACGACUGGGCCACUGAGCGAAGUUUCAGCUGUCUGGAUUCCAAGCCAAGAUAUAUCCAGCUUACCAGUCAAUUCAUCAUAUAACUUCUCCCCUCAUGGACAGCAUAUGUCUUUCUCACCCGCUCAGGCCAGCCAUGGUGCCUUUAAUGGAAUCUAUGCGGGGCAGACGUUGGCUGCUUCUUCAACACUUCUGCAACAGUCACAAGCCUUGGCUGGAGCUGUUGAGACAGCAGGUCCACCAUCUGGUGUUUUUCAGCAGCCUCAACAUGCACAGAUGAAUUGGAUUAGUAAUUUUUGAUCUGGCAUGAGGAUCUAUUAUAGAAAUAGAUGAUUGAUGUCUAUCAAGUCUGGGAGAGUACGAAAACAAGCCUGAGUGUAAAUAUGGAACUCGGCCUAGAUCUUUUCGGAAAUGACAUUUUGUGGAGAUAAUUGAGUAUAAAGUCUCGUGUACUGAUUACAUUUACACUUUUGACAGGAAGCAGCCAGGUGGAGGUGUCCUAGAGUUAGUUUUGUCUCAUUUAUUUUUCUGCCUUUUAUCUUUGGAGAAGUGCUACGGAUAUAGAAAUUUUAUAAAAAUAAAUUCAUAAACUGAUGUAGGUUCAUGUGAUACAUUAGAUAUACUUUACAAUAAAAGUAAUUUUACAAUCUGAUAUAUCA